CUCUGCCGUUACUACGCAGUGCGGUUACGCGGAGGAGAUGUCGACGGGGAGGAUCCAGAUCCAUUAUUGACGUUUUUCUGAUCUGUAGUCCAGAGAUAUUUCUCAUCAGAGCUGCUGUCCACUACAAAGCAAAGAAUGGGAAGUAGAAUAUUGGGUUAUUUCUCCGCUGAAAGCCUGGCUGUCUCCACCGAACAACGACUUUUGUUUUUUAUUUUCCGGUGGGACUAGCUUCAUCAAGCUAGCGCUGUAGGCUAGCUUCGCAUAGAAGCUAGCUUGCUAGCCGAACUGCUGCCUUAUAGUGGCCCACAACAAACCUCCCAGCUAGCAGCCGUCGCAUGCACAGUGAGGAAAAAUGGUGAGUACAGCUUAUGUGUCGGCUCGUUUAUUAAAUGAUCAAUAUAUAACUGAUGAUUUAGUUUGAUUGGUCUAAUUGUCACAUCUCGGAAAGAUCGUCGGAGGGCCACAGAGCUAGCUUACGGUGCUACAAGGUUGACAGCUUGUGUCACCUGGCUGCGGUUUCCUCUACGGUGACAAUAACAGUGUAAUAAUAAUGAUCAUAAUAGUAAUGCAUAGAGGACAGAUAAAGUCAUAUUACAGAGUGUUGAAAACAAAGCUCCGUAAGUAAUAAACAUCUCUGAAUUAAGGUAUGAAAGUAUCACAGACAAAUGAAAGUGAAGAGAUCAUCAAACCCACAAAAACACUCAGUCACCUAAAGUAGGACAGUCUGUGAUAUCAGGAGACAUCAGGAAACACUUUCUGUUAAAAACAUCUGAACAAUAAAUACAUCUGAAUAAUCCAGUCACUAAAACAGCUGCAGAGGUGAUUUUGUAUUUGAGGUUAAUGUCCUUCUGUGCAGAGACGGUUACAGCUUAUUUAGUAUAGAUAAUGUUCCUGCAGUUCACUGACACUGACAUUUGUUAAACUGGGGGUGUAAUAAGACUUUAAUCAUGUGUUGUAUUUUCACAUUGUCUUUUAUAUUGUUGGUAUUAUAGUGUUUAUUAUCCAGGUGUGCCUGUCAUCUCACUCUGUUCUCUUUCAUGAUGUAUUCUGUUUGUAUUCCUGGUAGGGCUGGGUGAUACUGGAAAUAGUUUAUCAUGAUAUAUUAUUUUUAUAUCAGUGGAUAUCGAUCAAUAUCAGGAUAUAAAAAAUGAAAUCUAACAGUGUUUAUUGGUCGCAUGUCUUUUCCAAUACAAUAAUCUCCUGCAUCUGUGAGGUCUUUGUGUCUCUUCGACAUUUUUUCGUAAGGUGUCAUUCUAGAGAAAGCGGACUGAAAGCUGUUGGCUUCACCUGUUAAAGUGUCUGUCUGGCGUUUUGCACGAGAGAAAGCGGACUGAAUGGUCGGCUGUUUCAGGCGCCAUGGGCUCCUUGCUCUGCUCAGGGUUUGUAACCUUAAGCGUUGUGCGUGCUCUGCGGCGUGGCGCUGCUUCAAUGCUGUCGGCUUCACCUGUUAAAGUGCUAUGGUUGGGUGGAGCUGCUGUCUGCUACGACGCAGUUGUUUGAUACUUGGUUCUAGUUCAGCACAUGAUUGGUUCAGACCCCAAGCAACUCCCCUUUUCAUUGGCUAUUCGUAUAGUCUACCAAAACAUGAUCUACUGAUAUUGAUAUAAAAGUAUUUAUGUCAUCAAAAGCAAAGGGUGGCUAUUUUAAAGAAACUAGUAUACACAGUACAUGUUUUCAGUUAUUUCACACUUUUUUAUAAGUACAAAAGUCCACAUGUGUUCAUUCAUAGUUUUGAUGCCUUCAGUGAUAAUUAACAAUGUAAAUAGUCAUAUAAAAAUGAAGAACAGACACUGAAUGAGAGGGUGUGUCCAAACUUUUGGCCUGUACUGUAAGCCUAAUAGCUUCAACCUACUCCUUUUCCAUCUCCAAACAAAUAGGGAAUUUCAUGUCUAAAAUUGUACUGUUUGUAUAUUUGAUCAAAUAAACAAUCUGAAAUCAAACAGUCAUGUAGCAAAGGGAACCUUAAUACUAAGACAUGUCCCAGCCCCAGGUAUUGAUGAGGGUUUGACAAACAUUGUAUUUUAUAUUGUUUUAGUGUUUGGGUGUGCCUGCCAUCUGGCUCUGCUCUCUUUCACGUUAGUUGUUGACAUAUGGCACAUUCUGUUUUGUCAUCCAGGAUAACAUAGAAAGAUGAAUAUUGUUUGUUUGUGGUUUUCCUUGGUACAUGCUUCUCUGUUUGCAUGUGGAUUUUUACAAUCUAUUAACAACACUUCGGAGUCAAUUAAAUGAGUACAGCACCAGAGUGAAAGUCAAAGUUCACUCUAAGGGAGCAUGGUUGUCCUGUAACAAUGCCAAAGAGUUGAACUUUGAUACAAGAACAUAUCAGACAAUAUUGAUAUCUGACCCAAUAUAACAACGGCAAAAACUGACCUGGAAAACCACAACGGUUAAGUUUGUUGAUGAUUUAUUUCCAACCCGCAUACAGUACUGGUAGGGCUGGGCGAUAUGGGAAAAAGGUCUUUUUUCAUAUCAGUUGAUAUAUAUCACAAUAUAAAAAAUGAAAUGUAACAGUGUUUAUUGGUCGCAUGUCUUUUCCAACACAAUAAUCUCCUGCAUCUGUGAGGUCUUUGUGUCUCUUUGACGUUUUGUCGUAAGGCGUUGCUCUAGAGAAAGCCGACUGAAUGCUGUCGGCUUCACCUGUUAAAGUGCUAUGGUUGGGUGUAGCUGCUGUCUGCCACGACGCAGUUGUUUGAUACUUGGUUCUAAUUCAGCACAUGAUUGGUUCAGCAUGAAACAGACCCCGAGCAACUUCCCUUUUCAUUGGCUAUUUGUAUAGUCUACUGAAACAUGGCAGAAUGACGACUAUUGAAAAGUAUAUUGACCAUGUUUUAUAUUUAUAGAGAGUGAAAUUAAUUUUUGAUAUAUAUCGUUAUUGUUUUAUUGCCCAGCCCUAAGUACUGGUAAAGAAAAAGUCACUGAACACAGACCAACAUGUGAUGUACUAUCAAUAAUGAUAGUAAUAAUAUUAAUAAUGCAUCAGAUUUUAUAAAGCACUUUAUCAGAGACCCUCAAAGAUCUUUACAUCGUUCAUUCGCUCACACAGUCACUCUCUGGUGGUGGUAAAUUACCUUCGUAGUCACAGCUGCCCUGGGGCAGACUGACGGAAAUGUGGCUGCCAAUCUGCUCCACCGGCUUCUCUGACCACCACCAACCACCACUCACAAUCACACACACGUGGAGGACACACACUGGGAGCAAGGUGAUGAUAAGAAUGAACAGCAAAUAAAGAUUUAUCCUGAGAACCGUACAUGACCAAAGUAUGUUAUUAACUCUGCAUUAUCAUUUAUUUUAGUUAUUUUCUUCUCACUUAUUUAGUCCUUUUAUGUGCAUCAGUCUUUGUGCAGAGUAGUGAAACCUCUGUCCACAGUCCACAGGUCAGGACUAACAGAGAACAUAAAGGGACCAGGGGACACCUCUCUCCUCUGCUCUCAGUCUAACAGUAGUGUAACAUGUUUUAUCAUCCCCUGUAAUGACUGAGCAAACAGCUGACCUGUGUGAGAGCAGAGUCAGUGAUGGUUACUGUGAUGGAGGGCGGGGCAGAGAUACACAAGAAGCAGGAGAAGGAGUGUUACUUCAGCUGCAAACAAAGCAAACUAUAAACCUCACAAGUUUGUUUAGCAAUACUAAUUUGUUUUAUUAGUUCUUUAAAGCAUUAACAAUAUAAAAUAUAUCAUCAGUAAUGAGUAAUAAAUAACUUUUAAUUGGUCAUUUUGUCACUUUGUCUCUUGUAUCAGCACUAUAUCUCCAUGUCGACCAACCAACAUCGCAGCUUCUGGUUAAAAAUACAAGUCUUUCUUUUUUAAAGCUUUUGGUGUUUUUAGACACGAUUAAAUGUGAGACUAACUCAUAUAAUUUUAAAGCAUGUGGUGUUAAAUGUUGAAGAUAUUUGUAUGCCUGCCAGGAACAUUUAUUCUUCAACAGAAACAAUAAAACAGACUCUCUAUCCCAUGUGUCGCAGCUUUUACUGCCUGUUCUUUGGAAGCGUUCCACAUGUAGUUGUGAAGGGAAACCCUGCAGGAUAUAUCUGAUCGAAUCAAUAUUCAGAGACUACCUGCUCAACAGGUCGAUGUCAGCUUCAAUGUAGAGAGGACUUUAUAUGUUUCAGGUAUACCUGCCUUAAACAGAUGGACAUAUAAAUGUCUUCAGUUUUGUUUGCUCUGCUCUUCUGAACAUUUGAGAGGCGGGGUUUAUUCCUCGCUGAUUGACCUGGUAUUUACUCCUCGUGUUGUCAGGAACGGUUUGUGCUUCAGCGUGAACAUGAAGAGCUGGACUCUCAUCGUUUUAUUAAUACAUCUGUUUCUCCUCAGGAUGUCUCAUGCUGUAUUUUCAUUAAUUAAAGCAGCUUUUAUCAUUAUGGAGUAUUUUUAUAUUUUGUCUUUGUCUUUGACCUUUCUGUUUUCAAAUCCACACUCUUUAAGAUAAUCUAUUUUUUCCAGUAUCGUCGCUCACGUUUUGCAUUUUUUGUUCCCUAUUUAAUAAUGCAUUGUUUUUUUAUUAUUUCAAUUUCACUGAACAGAGAGUCAGGUAACCAGGGCAACGAUGAACUCCUCAUUUUUCUGGUUAGAUUCGUAGGUCUGGCAGAUUUUCAGGUAUUGUGGUUCAAUCCUCAUUGUCUUAUGAGAAACAUUGUGUGUGUGUGUGUGUGUGUGUGUGUUUGCAGGUGUACCUGUUAAACCCUAUAGAGAACCUGAGGAGCUACAUCAACAACCGUCCACCGCUGGUCAUCUUUAUGAUCAGCGUCAGCGCAGUGGCCAUCGCCUUCCUGACUAUCGGUUAUUUCUUCAAGAUUAAAGAGAUCAAGUCUCCAGAGCUGACAGAGGUGAGUCACACCCACACAGACAGGACAGGAAUAUCGUCUGCUCCUGUAAGUGUCCUGAGAUUCCUGUAAAGUGGGGUCAUUACUGAUCCCAAAUGUCAGCGCAUGACCUCAUCCAUGAGCCCGGUCCCUUGAACCAUGUGGAUUUUGUUUUGACCUUCUCACCCCUAAUUUCCAACGCAUCCUGAUCGUCUACUAAAAGGUCAUAUCCACCGAUCAUAGCUGAUCAUAAUCAUGCAACACCUCACAAACAGAUCUGGUAGGAAUUGGCAGAUGACGAAAAUCGCCACCGUUCCGGGUUGCAGCCGUUACGGAUGCGGCGAAAAUUGGGGGUCAGCCUCUGCAGGUUUCACCCUGAAAAGUUGCAGAUCAAAAGUUACAGAUGCUGCAAACAUGGAAAUAAACCAAUAAUAAAAAAAAUAAUACCACUAAAGGAGUAAAUGUGAACUGGAUGGAUUGUCUCUCUUUGUCUCCUCAGGACUGGAACACCUUCUUGCUGCGCUACAAUGAACUGGACUUUUGCGUGUCCGAGAACGAAACGAUAAAGCACGGUCUGAACGAGUCGACCACGCCGGAGAGCAUGGUCGUAACCAGCGGUCAGGCUCGUUCCAGCACGCAGGUUCCCCUGCUGCUGGAGGACUCGGGUCCCAUCAACAUCUCAGUACCCAUCACCCUAACGCUGGACCCUCAGCGUCCAUUCGGAGGGUACUCCCGCAAUAUCACCCACCUGUACGCCACAGUGCUGGGGCAGCAAGUUGGCCUCUCUGGUAGGUUCCCUUUCACAGUUUCUCAUGUGUUCACAGGAAAUAUCAGGCUAAGAGACAGUUUCUUUCACAGAGCCGUCACUCUUUUGAACUCUCACCCUGUUAAAGCACGCUAAUGGCACUUAGUUAAAUGUAAUAUAAUGUAAUUAAUGUAAAUACUGACAACAGCAACUUCAUACCGUCUCUUAUUUAUCUGUAUAUCUUUAUAUAUAUAUAUAUAUAUAUAUAUAUAUAUAUAUAUAUAUAUAUACAUAUAUAUUUAUCUGUGUUGUAAAUACUAUCUGAUACUUGCGCUAUUGCACUCCUGGUUAGAUGCUAAACUGCAUUUCGUUGCAUUGUUCUGAACAAGUUUCAUGACAACAAAGUUUAAUCUAAUCUAAUCUAACCUAAUAAAACUGAGCUGGUAGUUUAAACUAAACACAACCAGAGUUCAGAAAAACGUUUGAAAUCGCAAACGAAAUCUGGGUAGAAGCAGAAUUUGAUGGUUUACUAACCUUUUAGACUAUUAAAAAACCUUUAGUUGAAAAUGCUGCGAUGAUGAAACUGUUUAGUUUCAUGAAAAAUACGCAUUUUAGCGGGUUUGUCCUCCUCCUCUUAAUACAACACUGAACAUUUGGGACCAUGAAGAUCCAGGAUUUCAGCAGCUCAACAGUUUUUGUGGAGUGUUUUCAGAGCUGAGUAGACAUAAAUAUAUAGUAAACUUGGACACUGCAGGUCAUAGUUGACUCCUCUGUGGAUAUAAGCGCUUUAAUGUCAGUGUUAUUGCUGAAAGGAAAAAUUGAAUGCUGAUUCCAGCGCGUUACUCUAGUCCCAAACAAAUCAUGGACCUUGUCUUUGUUUUCAGGUGAGAUUAGUUUCUGCACUUAAGGUCAAAUAAUUUCACUUUAUCCUCACUGAUAUGAAUCCCUCCCAGACCGGCUGUGUCUGCGGUUUUAACCCUCUACCUCUGAGGAUCGUCCUGUUAAACCUGCUGUGUUCAGACUGACUCUUCUGUGCUCUGUUUAUUCUCCUUCUCUGCACAGUGAUGUACUGCGGUUCAUUUGACCAAAUGUUUGAUGCUUUGCACUCUCAGGUUUAGCAGGAAAUGGUGUUCUUGUUUGUGUCUGACUUUAUAGCACAUAGUAACUUAUUACAGGUUCAGCUGUCUGGCAACAACUCACCGCGAGGGCCUGAAAUUUGAAACCACCGGAGCAGAUUAGCCGAGUCAAAAUGGAGAUAUGCAAAUGUUUUAUAGCUCUGAGUAAAUAGUCUGGUUUGCAGAGCGCUUAUGUUUAAAGGUGGAGAGAGGUCACGGAGGAAAUGUCAGCUUGCUCUUUUGUCGGAGCUUUACUGAAGAAUAAAACAUGUGUUCAUAAAAGAUUUUCUCUUAAUAGACCAUUAACACGACAAAGUACAGGUUUAGUAAUCCUUCCUGUAUGAACUGCAUUUAAAUGGAUUAGUUUUCUUCACUAAUGCUGAACUGACAGGGAUUUUAAAAGAGAUCCUAAUGUCAACAGUCAGAUUGGAGCCGAUCCUCUCACACUGAUCAUUUAUAUCAGCUAAAGAGAAACAUGUGAAAGAGUGGAUUAACUGUACAGUCAGGAGGAUAUGUGAUAGGAGAAUAAUCACUGAGAUAUUAAUGUUGAAAUAUUUACCAAACACAAGACAGGCUUACACAUUAGCUUUGUUAUUGAUUUGAAGAUAAUGAGAGAUUUCAGCGUAAAAGACCUUCAGCAGAGGCAGAGAGACCAUCAUCCACCUGUUUGUAAACUUCAUGUGCUCAUUAAAGGGAUAUUCCGGCGUAAAAUUAAUUUAGGGUCAAACACACCGUAACACUGAGUGAGACCCCCCCCUCCAGAGAUGAACGUUGCCGACCGCUUGCUUCUCUAGUUAUGCACACUAAAGACAACUCACCUACUCUCUUCCAGCAGACGCUUGUUUGUAGUGCGACCUCAGGCCAGUCCAUUACAGACUACAGCGGGGUGACACAGCUCAAGGAAGAACAUUUAUGAUCAUUUCUUUAUCGUUUCCUUGAAGUAAUAAUCACCAUAUUGAUCAUUUUACAGACGCUGUAGUUCUUCUGUCUUAGCGUCUCGGUCUGAUUGUAUUUCCAUGAAGAAAUGAUCAUAAAUGUUCUUCCUUGAGCUGCGUCACCCCGCUGUAGUCUGUAAUGGACUGGCCUGAGGUCUCACUACAAACAAGCGUCUGCUGGAAGAGAGUAGGUGAGUUGUGUUUAGUCUCUUUGCUAAAGAAAUGAGUCAAAGUUAAAAAGAUGUUUGGUGUCUAGUACUAUGUCUGUGACCCUAUAUGUCCUGUUGAUGAAGUUAGGUGCUGUUCUGAGCAUUAUUUGUGGCUAUAGAGUGGCGUUUUGGUUGGGGGCGUGGCUCUCUGUAUUGCUAUCCUGCGGUCGUUACUAAAGUUGGUAUAACUAGAGAAGUAAGCGGUCGACAACAUUCAUCUCUGGAGGGGGGGUCUAACUCGGUCCCUUUAAUGAGCACAUUUACGUUUCCGUCUGAUUAGCUUUCGGAUAUAUGGAGCAUAGAUCAGAUUGAAAGAGAAUCACCUAGAUCAGCUCCGCACUGACCAAUGGGAGUUUAAUUCGGUUAAGAUGGCUCGUUGUUGUCCCAGCCCGUCCCCCUCGGAUAUGUAGUUCUGUUGAUACAGCUUUAUCUAUCUCUAAUCACACCCAGGAGUCCACUCUGUCUGACAGAUAAUCUCCUAAUCCCCUCACAGUUUGAUUGUGUUGCAUAAGCAUGAAGAAUCAGCCUGUCAUUUGAUAUCAGGGGAGUAGCUUGGUAUGAAAUCAAGCAUCUCUGCUGUGGGAGCUGAAGUUAGGCCUGUUCAGACCGUCCUAAACUCAAAGACAGACAAAAACGCGUCUCUUUGGUUGUUUUAGCCUGUGAAUGGGUCAAAUUAAAAACACUUAUUCUAAUGUCAGUAAAAGAGUAAAGCUGCAUGAAAAACAUCGAUCAGAGGAGAAAGCUCACAGUCCAGUUUCUCCUCUCAGACCCGGUCUCUCUCUCUCUCUCUUAUUGUUCUGUUCACUGUGUUUGUGUUUAGGCCGGGAAGCCCAUGAAGAAAUAAACAUCACGUUCACCCUGCCUGUAUCCUGGAACUCAGACGACUGUGUGCUGCACGGACACUGCGAGCAGGUGGUGUUCAGCACUUGCAUGACCAUCACUGCGGCCAGCAAUAUCUUCCCAGUCACAGUGUGAGUUGGAGCGGAUCCCUGACUCACAGGGACACACUUUGAGUCUCUGCCUGCAGCUUUGUUACCGAGGAAAACUAAAGAAACUUCUGGGAUCAAUCUCUGUGAAUCACCUCAACAAAUACUCAGUCCCUCCAUUCAGGGUUCAAUUAUAGCAGCUAAGCAACGAUGCGGCCUCUGAGAAAGGAGCCGGUCGACUGUAUUGAUCUUCAUAUUGGCUGGAAUCAAACAAACAUUUUAGAUAAAUCCACAAGGCUCGACAGUGCGACUAAAAAUAUAUGUCAGCUGAAAUCAGCCAAGGCAACAAAUGUUUUCCCUGUAAAUACGGCGGUGAAGUUAGUUUCAGGUUGGAUAUAUUCUCCUGUAAAUACGGCGGUGAAGUUAGUUUCAGGUUGGAUAUAUUCUCCUGUAAAUACGGCGGUGAAGUUAGUUUUAGGUUGGAUAUAUUUUCCUGUAAAUACGGCGGUGAAGUUAGUUUCAGGUUGGAUAUAUUCUCCUGUAAAUACGGCGGUGAAGUUAGUUUUAGGUUGGAUAUAUUCUCCUGUAAAUACGGCGGUGAAGUUAGUUUCAGGUUGGAUAUAUUCUCCUGUAAAUACGGCGGUGAAGUUAGUUUCAGGUUGGAUAUAUUUUCCUGUAAAUACGGCGGUGAAGUUAGUUUUAGGUUGGAUAUAUUUUCCUGUAAAUACGGCGGUGAAGUUAGUUUCAGGUUGGAUAUAUUCUCCUGUAAAUACAGCGGUGAAGUUAGUUUCAGGUUGGAUAUAUUCUCCUGUAAAUACAGCGGUGAAGUUAGUUUCAGGUUGGAUAUAUUUUACUGUAAAUACGGCGGUGAAGUUAGUUUCAGGUUGGAUAUAUUUUCCUGUAAAUACGGCGGUGAAGUCAGUUUCAGGUUGGAUAUCUGACGGACAUUCUCUGAGGAUCUACCGGUGUCUUCUCUCUCUCCCUAACCGGGAAUAACAACAGCAGCGCGGUUAAAUCUACUCGACACCCUCACUGUCAACGUCGGUGUUGAAUAAGGGACCGUCAAUAAAUUACCGGUUGAUGUUCUCAGAAAAGGCUGUUUUCCUUCCAUGUCAUGUGACCAAUUGACCUAAAAUUGAUAGUACUUAUGUGGACCAAUAAGACAAACAUUAUGUGAUCAGUUUUCAUUGUUCCCCUAAAGUUCUUUGUUUGCUCCUUGUGAAAAAACGUUUGUGUCAAGCCCUGAUCCAACAGGAAAAACCUAAGACUCUCCACAUGGAGGAGUGUUGUAGUCGAGGUUCAGCACUUGGAGCAACAAUCUGCAGGUUUAUUUCCUUAUUUUUUAGCACAUAAAGUAAUAAACAUCCUUUAUGAGACUUCCUUUAUGACUCAGACUUGUUUGGUCCCUGGAGUCCAAUAGCAGCGCUGCGUUGACUUUUACACAGUUGAAGUUGGCAGCGAUGAUCAGGGCUGACAGAUGUCUGCAGCAGAUGUCAUCAGCUGUGUUAAAAUGGGAGUUUCUUCCUGAGUAUGCAGUCCUGUACAGUGUGAAACUCUGCUCCUCUUCUGCUGUGAUAUCUGACAUGCUCUUCUCGCUGCCGUCUCUGACAGACUCAGUCAGAUACAGUUUUCUGUCAGACACCGCCGCGGCUCUGCUCUCCUAGCUGUCGAGCUUUGUUAGCAGUAAACCAGGUGAAGUCUUCUCCAUCUGCUGCCAUCUUGGUCGCAGUCUUUGAAGUCCCUCAGUUAGACUAUAACUUUUCUGACUGUGAGUCUAGAGCAACUUCUACUUCUACUUCUGGCUCGAGUUCAGCAGCACAGCCAAAGUGGAGGGCCAUCCUCUGGGUGUCUGAUAACUAAGUCUGGUUCUUUAGUUUUCCCCCAGAUUCAUCCACGUCUCAUUUUUGUCCCGCUGUCCUCGGAUCAGAUAAAAGAAAAUUACAAAUAAAUUCAAGAAUAACAUCUUUGACCAUUUUUAUGCUCUCUGCAUAACCAACAUCACACAAACAGUCUAAAGACCCGAGUUAACAGACCUCCAUCUUUGUUUUGGUUUACAGGCAGCCACCCCACUGUGUCCCAGAGACGUACACCAACGCCACGUCCUGGUACAAGGUCUUCACCACAGUCCGGGACUCGGAUACCAAGUAUAGUCAGGACUACAACCCCUUCUGGUGUUACAAGGGAGCCAUCGGCAAGGUGUACCACGCGCUCAACCCAAAGCUAACGGUCAUCGUUCCUGACGUGAGUCACCUGCUCUUUCUAUACCUCUGUUUUCAUGAUUUCAGUUAAAGAGACUGAGAUUUUAAAAAAGUGUUUGGUUGUAGUUUUGGCGCUGUCGGCAGGUGCUGCUAAAUCCUGAGCAGACAGGAGGAUGAAGUUCUUUAAAACCUCCUUUAGAUAGAUUUUGAGUGCCUCACCCCCAAUUUCCACCUUCAUCCUGAUCGUCUCCUAAAAGGUCGUAUCCUCCGAUCGUAGCUGAUCGUAACCAUUCAAGUUAACGUGUCAAUUUACACCGACUUCUUUCCGUUCCUCUGCGGAUCGCCGGACUCCUCAGCUGAUCUCAAGAGUUCUAUUUUUUCUGGACGCCGGAGCAUGGCGGAUAAAUUCAGCACAGAUUAACCCGUGCUGGAAAGGAAGUCGGGCACAGACACAAAAUAAAACAUCCGGCUUCUUUUCAAAAUAAAACACUCCGUGUUUCAGGAGGAUCGUAUUUCACACCAUGCAAACGGGCGGAGACGAACAAGUGAAAGGUUUUUAGACGUCAUUUCACCCCGAUGACACCAUGGAUGAGGAGAUGCUGAUUCUAGAAGUCUAGAAGUAGAUUUCCUCCUCUGGAAGGACACAAUCUACUGCUUAUAUGUCUAUGUGUCUGUCUUUAGAGAGACAACUCGUUAUCGCGCGAUUGAACGUGAAUCCGCGGGUUCUUGUGAGUUCUUGUGAUUCCUGCUGUCUGUAAUCCGCCACGAAAUUCGCCUCACAAACGGAUCUGGUAGGAAUUGGCGGACGGCAAAAAUCACCGCCGUUCUGGAUUAUUGUUCCGGAUGUAGUGAAAAUUGGGGGUCAGUUCCUGAUAUUGCUCAGAUAUGCAGAAGACAGAGUUUCUACCUCCUCUUUGUAUAUUUAUUACCUUUCAGUUCCUUUAAACUGAAGUUUAGCUGUGACAUUUGUGUAAAUCUGUCAAACGUCAAAGUCCUCUACAGUUGGGAUAGAAACAGAACAGUAAUGUUUGGAUCCAUCUCUGGUGUAAGUCAUCAUCUUGAGCUCCAUCCCUGAUCCCUCUGUGUGUGUUUGAGCGCGCUCAGAUCAGGUAACAGUGCAGCCACAGCAUAUAUUUUCUCCUAUUGUUUCAGGCUCACUGGACCAUUCAGAGGCCAGCUCGGCCCUUUGAAUGGAUUCAUUGUCAGCCUGGAACGAUCUCCAACAAUCAGUAAACAGCUAACUGGGCUUCUUUGUGCUGUUGGCUCACAUUUACCUCAUCUUAACAGCAGACCGACAGGAGGGAUUAUAGACCCUGGAAAUAUCAACACACACACACACACACACACACACACAGUAUCCUGAUACACAAUCAUUCUGUUAAAUUUGAUGUUUUUCUUUGUUUUCUGUAAUUUGACUUUAAAAAUAUUAGACUCAAAAAAACUGAAUUCAUAGAAUAAAUACUGAUGUGUUUACAGCUCUGUGCUUCCUUUCCACCCUCCUUUCCUUCCUUCCCUCAUAGCUUCUUUCUCUCUUUCUUUAUUUCCUUCUCUCCUCUGUUCCUUCCUCCCUCCUUCCCUCAUUACUUCUUUCUUUCUUUCCUUCCUCCCUCCUUCCCUUCUUCCGUCAUUCUUUCUUUCUCUUUCAUUUCUUCCUUCCUCCCUCCUUCCCUUCCUUCGCUCAUCACUUCUUUCUUUCUUUCUUUCUUUUCUUCCUUCAUCUCUCCCAUCCUUCCUUCCCUUAUCUCUUUUUUUCUUUCCUUCCUUCCUUCCUUCAUUUUUCCUUCCCUUCCUUAUUACGCCUUUCUUUCCUUCCUUCCUCCCUCCUCCCCUCCUCCCCUCUUUACUUCUUUUUUUCUUUUUCUUUCUUUCCUUUCUUUCUUCCAUCCUUACUUCCUUCCUCCCUCUUUCCUUCCUUCCUCCCUUCCUUCCUUCUCCUUCCUUUUGUCCCUCAUUACUUCUUUUUUCUUUCUUCCUUCCUUGAUUCUGUUCCUUUCUCACUUUUUAUAAAUUCCUUUUUCCUCUUCUUCUUUACCUUCCUUUGUUGCCCCCCCUUAUUCAUCCUUUCCUGUCCUCCUCCCUCCUUCUCCUUUUCCCUUACAUGAUGAAUGCCUUUAUAUAAACACUCACAGAGUUGUUGUCGUCUCUCUUUCCUGUUUCCUUUUCUUUUUUCUUUCUUUCUCUGUUUGUUUGAAAAUAAAGUUUUAAUCUCGUUCUCUCAUAUUUCGCCCGUCGUGGUUAACUCCUCCUGAUCGUCUUAAAUCUGUCACUCGGUCUGUGAUGUUCAGAUUUCUCUAAUCAGAGCUCUUUCUGCUCCAGGAUGACCGUUCCCUCAUCAACCUGCACCUGAUGCACACGAGCUACUUCCUGUUUGUCAUGGUCAUCACUAUGUUCUGCUACGCAGUCAUAAAGGGACGGCCUGGCAAAGUCCGACAAACCAACCCCGACUUCUGUGCUGAGAAGGUACAACAGACACCAGCAGUGCUUUAUGACGUGAACAGGUAGAUUCAGACCAGCAUGAACUGACCGCUGAUUGGUCCAAGACUCGAUACAAAUCAACCUUCUGCUUCUCUGCUCUCUCUCUGUCAUAAGUCUGAACAUCUACAAAAUCUAAAUCAGUCUCCCUGGUAGAAAAGGGACCGGCAGGGUGAAUGCAGGAGGUGUUGGAGGUGGAGGAGGUGGGAUGGCAGGACACAGAGGAGCCUGACUCUGAACACUCUGACGUAUUUCUGCUGCAGAAAUAAAGAAACCUGUAAUGAGGCUCUGAUAGUUCUGCUCAGAUGUUCUCUGAUAGUAACGCCUGAGAUCUUAAAGGCUCAUUGUCUUUCUGCUGCUGACGGCCUCGCCUCCUCCUCCUCCUCCUCCUCCUCAUCAGCGUGUACCUGUGGCUGCAUUUCGCCCACAGAGGUAAUCGAUGAUCCUUCAGGUCUGGCGGCGUGCGCUGCAGCACAAUAAAGCAGACAGCAUUACCCUCAUGUAUCAGCUUUCAUCAGUCAGUUCACAUCAGUGCAGAGAUUACCAAUUUUAAGGUCGGUGAGCGAGCUCUGAGUCACCGCCGCCGCCGCCGUCAGGCCGCACAGAGGGGAGAGCGCGUCAACACGGCUAAUUAUAGGUUUUCAUACAGGAGGGAAAACUUCUCCAGGGUUUCACUCCAUUCUCUGUUUUUGUUCUAAACCUGUCUGCAGGUUUGAUUGUUAAUUAAAUAGUACAAUAGUUGGGUCCAGUUCUACAUUUAAGUCCGGUACUGAGUCAUGAGUGGGAAACUGAAAUACAAAGAAGCAGCAAGAAGUUUUACGUCUGUUUUUUCAACCCCGAUCCCAGAGAAGUUUAGAUGCCAUGACGUAUUUUUGAUGGUGUGUAAAUCGUGAAAAUUCUGCAUUUUAUUGAAUAAUAGAGCAAAAGCCACAUGAUAUAAUGAAACUAAAAAUUUAUGUUAAAUCAAAAACAUUUUUAUGUUUUGAAUUUGAUGGCAGCGACGUGAUCGGAAUAUUUUGGACAGGAACUAAAGGCAGAGGAAGAUGAAUGACGCUCAGAUACGGAGGAGCAUCUGAGGUGAUUUUGUUGGAGCCUCAGAAGUGAUGGUACACUUCUCUGUGAGAGACUGUGUGAGCGAGUAUCUCUACACUGUCAGACUAAUAUAAUAAAUAUGACGAUGUCGUCAUCUGCCGUACAUGAUAUCAUAAAAAAUAUACGUAUCGAAGAGUCAGAGCAGAAAACCGAUCCAAGAGCAGCUCCUCUGAUCCCGACAUUUUGGGACGUUUCACCUUAAGCUGAUUAUAAAAAAUGAUUCCCUCUCAGCGGCGCCUCCUUCACUUCUUAAUGAAGAGAUAUAAACUCUUAAUGAGCGACAUGAUGGGAGCCUCUCCAGACAGUCUUUUUUAAAGUGAUAUUUAUCCGUUUAAAGACUUCUCCUCUAAUUUAAAGCUCUGGUGGAGUCGAUCAAACUUUGGUGAUCCUUCUAUCCUGGUUUAUUCCAGUUUCACUUUCCUCCUUUUUCAAACUUGUCUCUGUUGUUCCUCUGAAGGGUUAAAUCGUGUGUUAAACUCCUGUCCUCUGUUGCAGGUGGCGUUGUCAGAGGGUUAAAAAGACAUCAGAGCGAUGUGUGAGAACUUACCUGUAACACGGACAAACUCCAAGAACUCACAGAAGAAGACCUAGAAAAUAAACAUACCAGUUGCCUAGUGAACCUUGGAAACACGAUAAGGGACACAAAAGCUCUGUGAAUGCAUUACUCUUGCAAUGUUGGGAUUCUCCAACCAAAGAUAUACAAGUGCCUGUAUCUGUCGUGUAAAUAUUUGUAGGAACUCUGAUACUCUGUGCAAACUCUCUUUUGUUUUUUUUUUUCUCUCUGUUCUGUUGGAUGAUUCUUGUUCGGUUGUUUUUGCCUGAGUCCCCUGAGUGUGCCAUGUCAGAACAUGCAGUAAGUUCAUGAAACAAAACGCCGAAAGAUCGGCAGCCAUUUCUCAGCCUCAUGACGUCUCACUCAUCAAACGAGACGAUGAAAACAAAAACCUAAAAAAAGAGUCUGAGUGGAUUUAUCUCAGAGUAGUUAAUGUUUGGUGUUGAAUGAGUUUAGAUCUGAAUACUAAAGUUUGGGAGACGCUCUUAAUUCAUCAGUAUGCACUUGUCAUUGCAGCUUCUGGGGGGAAAACAUUGAAUUUAGCACUUUCCUAUAUCCCCCACUGUGAAAUCAAGAGUCUGAGCAGGACACAAACACUUCAACAUUAGAAUAAAAAAGAGUCUCAAAUCAGCAAUCACUUUGAUGAUUGCACCGUCGUCUCCUCGGACAAACAGAGUCUCAGCCUUUAUCCUGUCAGACUCUUCGGUAAGUCGUGGAAGAAGCUGUUGGGCUGAAAUACUUCCUGUUUUGGUUUUUAUUUUCUUUUUGACUCUCUGCCUUUUUUCGUUUUCUUUCCUCCCUCCUCGCUCAUUUCUUCGCUCGUCUGCCUCGUUGUUCUCGCCUUUGAUUUGCUGCACGUGUCUGCGGCAGCUUUGUGCUUUUUGUACUUUUGCAGUUUUAUGUUUUUUUUUUUUGGUUUGCACCCGGAUGAAGUGGAACAUCUUGCCUUACUUACGGCUGACUCGUUUGCUAAAAAAAAAAACAAACAGGGAGAUCCUUUCCUGUCCUUCAAACAGCUCCUUCUUCCACAGCCAUCCCUCCUUCUCUCUCUCUCUCUCUUUCUUUUCUUCCACUUUUAUGAGCCUGUGGUUUGAAGUCAAAAUGGUGACCUUUGACCUGUUAACGUAAAUGUUCUAUUUUUGAUGCGUAUGAAUAUCUUUUGCUUUUGUUUCGAGGAAAUCAUCGUUUGUUCUUGUGUUUGCAUAGUUAGCGCACCUUUUCGAUUUCUUGCACAUUUUGUCCUGUGAUGAUGAUGAUGAUGAUGGUUUGAUUUUGUCCACGGUCACAUGUAAAAAGGUCUGACUUUAACUCUAUAAACCUUCUUCAAGUUGGACUCUCUCUGAUUUAAAUAUGGUUAUAUCUAUAAGUAUAUAAUUAUAUUUAUAUAGCUAUGAUAUUAUGUUCAAAUCAUUGUAUUUUCUUAUGAUUUUGUGGUACAACAAAAUGUGCAAAAGGUCACAUGGAGUGAGAAAAAGUGUGGCUGAGUUUGGGACGUGUUCAGAGAGGGGCAGCUUUAGACCAGGAUGAGGAUGAUCACGAAAUCCACGUUGACCCGCGUGAGACCGCCCCGCAGACGCCGAUGUUACUUCAACACGACUGUGAUAAAACCGCGAACAGUAGAAAACAUGGACGCCGUCUCAGUGGCGUCACUAAACGGUUUCCAAGAGAGCGUGGUCGCCAUAUUGGAUUGCCAACUCGGACUAGUUUUCAGUCGGUGUAACAUGAGGUAAAGAGGCGGGGUCAAGGCGGGCAUUAACCAGCUUGAAGGUGCAUUACUGCCACCUACUGGCUCAAGUGUGGAACAAGAUAGGAAAAAAAAAAAGGGAGUACACGCUGAGAUUCAUCAGACCCAAGAAUAUUCUGAGUGCUUCAGAUUUUUCUCUUAAAUUUAUUAAAAAAAUCUAUAAUCCAUCAAUAUUUUUCAGACUUUACGAGACAGUAAUCCCAGAAUUACAAGGUAUUACAAAGGCCCCUUCUAGUUCAAAAAUAAUUUUAUCAAUAAUCCUGAAAAAGAUUUUUUUAUUAUUGACAAAAUCAUAAUAAUCCAUAAAACAAAACUACAAAAACAGCGAUUUCUUAAAAAACAGACUGAGUGUGUAUGUGGCCUCUGAAGCUAAUGAGGACAGCCUCUAGUGGAUGCUCUGGGUACUGCAGUUUUUAAUCACGUCUGUAUUUGCUUCAGGACUUUCUGGAUAAAACUGAAGCUUUGAGCCUAAAAAUUAACUUUACUGAAACUCUGGAAAUAUAAAUCUGACAUUUAGAGAAAACAUGAUUUAAUUAUCGUAGAAACCCGACCUUUGUUAGCGAUGAUUUCGUGUCAAACCCCGGUUUAAAGCUGCCUCUCCUGUCUGUUAUGUAUGACUUCUCUCCAAUAGCAAUUACUGAAACAUUGAACUUACCUCUGUGUUUGAAUUUUGUUCCAUAUUUGAUGUACCUGUUGAAUGUACUUUUUUUAUGAGCAGCAUAAUCGAAAUCUGAGAUGCAAGAAUUCCAAGUGAUUUUCGAGGAUGAUGAUGAGGAUGAUGUAGGUUUUAUUUUUAUUUUUCUCCAGUUUAAAGGCUUUACUUGAAUCGUGUUUUUGGUCUGAGUGGUAUUCAUAUAUAAUAAUUAUAAUAAUAAUGAUAAUAAGGUUUAUCCUCUGAAUCGGUCAGAUUAUUGUACAUGAUAUUAUUGUUUGGUUUUGGUGUGUGUGUUGCUGAGUGUGAGUGGAAGCCGUCGGGUUGUACAUUUUCUUUUCCUCUCCUGUACUGAAUGACGCUAGGACAAGUCUUCCUACUUCUUCUCUGUAUCAGCAUGUCGCUCUUACUGUCCUCGCCGUUCCUCCUCGUGCUUUUACACUCAAACUUCAUGCUUUUAUUUUCUUAUCAGAAGAUCUGGCAGCUCUUACGGGACGGUUGGAUGUGAUUGGCGUGGGUGGGUGGGUGGGUUUGGCCGAGUGAAGAUGUGAAUGAAGGACGCCAUAAUAUGAUUGCUAAACCAUCCUAAUUUAUCCGCCGCAUUAACCUGCUUCUGAUCCCUCCUUUUCGAUCACGAUUGCUUUCAGUCAGAGUAAGAACUGCAUCUGUAUAAUUGCAAAAUGCCUUAACAUCGUCUAGUUUCGUUUUGUAUCACUCUUUCACAUAUCACACAUUGUAAAACAGCAGAUUAAAAAGACACCAAUCCAAACACGAAGCUCAUUUUAUCACUUCAGAGAAGCUCCGAUUUCAUGCUGCUUGUUAAGUGAACAUUUAGAGAAAUGGGUUUUUAAGGAGCAGAUGCUUGCAGUAGUAGUUUUUGAAGGACUCCACUAUAUCACGACAGACUGGAGUCUAAACAGAGGAGCCAUAUCUCCUUCGUUGGUUCAUCUCACAGUGUGGUCAGCAGAAAAACACACCAGUCUGCCGCUUCACCUCAUCGUCCUUUCUGUCAUGUUAGUAGCGCUUACAGGCAAGUAUUAAGCCGACUUUGUGCCUUCUGCACUCUCCAGCUGUAUCUUCCUCCUCCUCCUCUUCCUCCCUGUACAUACAUAGAUAGGACCCUAGAUUCAAUGUGGCUAGAUCAUCAUCAGACCCUCCCCCUCCCCAGUGGAACUGCUGUAAAUGAACUCAAGUUUAAAUAAACUGUCUCUAAAGUUCAACACCACUGUGUCCAGAUCUUCCUUUACACACCAACAACGAGAAGGACUUUGUCGGCACUGAGUGUAAAAUACCGUAAAUGCUCCGGCUCUCUGCUGGAGCGAAAAGACUAAAGUGGUCAUGAGUUUUUGAUUUAGUUACAGUCUCAGUAUCACUUCACAAAGUAAUAAUCAAAUAAACACCUCUCUCUCUCUCUCUCUCUUUAAAUAUUCAUAAAAAUCUAUAUUCAAGCCCAGAUUUGGAUUAAACUGCAUCACACACCGACUCUCUGCUGCACAGAGCUGCUCUCUCAUCCUGACAAGGGAUGGGAAUUGUUUAGAAUUUAUCGAUACGAUUUCUUAUCGAUUCUCUAAUAGAUUCUCAUUGAGAACAAAAUAGGGUUUGUUUGCAGUAACUCUUUAAUAUUGUCACCUUUGGACAGAAGACGUGGCGUAUCCAUGCACUAAUAAUUUGUUAUGUGACCUUCCCUUUGACCACAAAUCUGCUCACAGCUCGGUGACGUUCGUUUAUCUUCGUCUGUCAUUUUACUCUUCCCUGCCUCGAUGAAAGGGGCCGCCAAAGGUUAGCUACCCGCUGCAGCCUCUGUGCUAGCAUGACUCUCUACAUGUAAUUUAAGGAGAUCAAGAGUAUUUUUAGUAAAAGGGGUUUAACAUGGUGCUAACAUCUACACAACAGACCAGGACCUGGAGGAAAACUUAAAGCGGGUGACGCCGAGACGGAGCUCGGACACUCGGGAGGCCUUACGGCUCAGAUCUUUCUUCAGUGGUGGUGAAGAAAGAGCUGAGCCGUAAGGAGAGACUCUGGAUUUACCGGUCGAUCUACGUGCCGAUCCUCACCUAUGGUCAUGAACUUUGGGUAAUGACCGAACAAGAUCGCAGAUACAAGCGGCUGAAAUGGGUUUCCUUCGCAGUGUGGCAGGGCUCGACACUCGGGAGGCGCUCAGAGUAGAACCGCUGCUCCUCCACGUCAAGAGGAGUCAGCUGAGGUGGCAUCUGGUUAGGACGCCUUCUGGACGCCUCCUGUUAGAGGUGUUCCAGACAUGUCCCACCGGGAGGAGACCUCGUGGUUGGCCCAGGACCAGGUGGAGGGAUUAUAUCACAGCCCGGCUAGCUCAGUCGGUAGAGCAUGAGACUCUUAAUCUCAGGGUCGUGGGUUCGAGCCCCACGUUGGGCGUUAGUGACUUUUGAGAAUUUCCCAGUUUGGGAUCAAUGACGUAUAUCUAUCUGUCUAUAUCUCUCACCUGGCCUGGAAGCGCCUGGGAAUCCCCCAGGAGGAGCUGGGGUGAGGGCUGUCUGGGCUGCUGCCCCCGCGACCCGGAUGAAGCGGAUGAAGAUGACACCGCUGCCGCCGCCAAGACGUUAGCUCAGCUCCUACAUUUGCCUUCACUAAGAAGCGAAUCAAACACGGUACACUUCUGCAGAUGAAUUGCAUGCUGGGUGGACAAAUGUUUCUGCAUAUCGGAAGUAUUUCCCCCUUUGAUAAAAUUAAAGUUUGCAAGUGUUUCAAGUCGGCCCGGUAUCAUCUUGCGUGAAACUCUGGAGUGCUUUUGACGCGACGCCAUACUGGAAAGUUCUGAACCAAAACACACUUCUCAUGUAGAGACGAAAGAGGAACCGAUGAGCAGAAUCAUUUAGGAGGCAGACAAACAAUUCUUAGGAACCGAAUCACUGGGAACCGGUUCUAAUAAAGACCCGAGUAUCGAUUCUCAUCCCUAAUCCU